AGUUUCAUCACUUGAUUCACUUCCACUGAUUCCAUCGAAAAGAGGAAACAAUGAAGGGAAUCAAAGUUCUCUUUUUUACCCUCUUCCUCGCCGGAGCGGCGGCGGAGGUCAUCGACGCCGGCGCUAUCUCCAGGUUCCAGCAAUACCUCCAGAUCAACACCGCCCAUCCUUCACCGGAUUAUCCCUCUGCCGUUCGCUUUCUCGAAUCCGUUGCCUCAUCCAUCGCCGGCAUCCGCUCGGAGACACUUGAGUUCGUUCCCGGAAAACCCUUACUACUGCUCACAUGGCCGGGGCGCGAUCCUUCCCUCACCGCCGUCCUCCUCUACUCCCACACCGACGUCGUCCCCGCUGAACCCUCCAAGUGGUCACACCAUCCCUUCUCCGCCGCCAUCGGCGCUGACGGCGAGAUCUUCGCCCGUGGGUCACAGGACAUGAAGUGCAUCUCUAUGCAGCACCUCGAGGCUGCCCGUCGCCUCUCCGCCGCGGGGUUCACCCCUGAUCGCACGGUCUACUUUGUCUUCGCCCCGGAUGAGGAGAUUGGAGGGAAAGACGGUGCGGGGGCGCUCGCUGCGUCGGAGAAGUUCCGCGAGAUGCGGGUUGGCGUUGUUCUUGAUGAGGGGCUCGCCUCUCCUGGUGAAGAAUACAGGGUGUUCUAUGCGGAGAGGGUGCCACGCUGGCUUGUGAUAAAGGCACAAGGGGCACCGGGGCAUGGGGCAAAGCUAUAUGAUGGAAGUGCAAUGGAGAAUUUGAUGAAGAGUGUGGAGACUAUAAGGAGAUUUAGAGCUGCGCAGUUUGAUAUGCUAAAAUCUGGGGAGAAGGCUGAGGGGGAGGUGGUCUCUGUAAAUUUUGCAUUUCUGAAGGCUGGCACGCCAACGCCCACUGGCUUUGUUAUGAAUCUGCAACCAUCUGAAGCAGAAGUAGGUUUGGAUAUUCGGGUUCCUCCCAAUGUUGAUAUUGAAGCAUUGGAAAGACGUGUUGCUGAAGAAUGGGCACCGUCUUCUCGCAACAUGACAUUUAUGUUUAAGCAGAAGGCUUCUGUUGUAGACAAGCAUGGAAAGCCAAUGCUUACGGUUGCUGAUAGUUCAAAUCCAUGGUGGACACUUUUAGAGGAAGCUGUGAAGAAAGCCAAUGGCAAACUCAGUAAACCGGAGAUAUUCCCUGCCUCUACUGAUGCCCGCUUUUUCCGAGAGCUCGGAUUACCGGCAUUUGGAUUCUCACCAAUGGCGAACACUCCUGUUUUGCUCCAUGACCAUAAUGAGUUCUUGAAACAAGAUGAAUACUUGAAAGGCAUUGAGGUUUUUGAGUCGAUCGUCAAAACCUUUACCUCUUAUAAGCAUCAACACAAGGAUGAUGAAUCUCGUGCAGAGUUGUAAACUUGAAAUGACAAAUGGGGAUUUCUCCUCUCUGAUGAUGAAUUCAAGUUGGCGAAAGAAACAGGCACUGGUUAUAAUAGCAGCAUUUUGAAGAACAUUUCAAUACACCAUCAUUGGAAACUUCAAAUGCUCUUGGCGUUGUAUGAUGUUGAAAAAUGAACACUCAUUAGUCCACAAACUGUGUUUGGAUGGUCUGUAUCAAAGUAACUUGCCUGUGAUCAGUGAAUAAUGUCUUUUACUUGUAUGAUAUUCAUGGAAGUCUGUGGAGUAAUUUGAUUGCCCUUCAUUUUGUC